AUGUGCCCCGAGCAGGACGAGGAACAGGCGAGCGCAGCGGCCCAACAGCAGCAGGACGCGGCGGCGGCCGCCGGUAUCUUACCCGCCGAGCACUGGGUGCAGGCAGCGCGAGAUGCUGCUAACGACGACGACAACGAUUCUGCGUUUGGCGGCGGCAACGCCAGCUCGACUGCGUCUAUCACAUCGACUAUUCUCGAAUACAGGAAAAUUCACGGCCGUACGUUCCACGGAGAGGUUGGCAACGCCCAGUACUGGGGAAGCAAUGACGAGCAGCAGAACGAGUGCUGGGAUAUUAACCAUCAUCUGUUGACUCUUUCCUGCGGAGAUAAGUUGCAUCUGGCACCUAUCGACAAGAGCAAGCUCAGCAAGGCACUUGACAUCGGAACUGGAACAGGCAUUUGGGCCAUCGACUUCGCCGAUGAAAACCCAGAAUGCGAGGUAAUCGGGACGGAUAUCUCACCCAUCCAGCCCAGCUGGGUACCUCCCAACUGCAAGUUCGAGAUCGAGGACUGCACCCGCGAUUGGACUUUCGCCCCAAAUAGCUUUGACUAUAUCCACAUCCGCUUCCUCGUCGGCAGUAUCGAGGACUGGCCGGCAUUGUUCAAGAAUGCCUACGACGCCCUGAAGCCCGGUGGCUAUCUCGAGAGCUUCGAGGUUUCCCCCGCCAUCAUGAGCGACGACGACACCGUCCCGGAGACGAGCGCGCUGGGUCAGUGGGGCAAGUUCUUCGAGGAAGGGGGGCGGAAGAUGGGCCGGACUUUCAGAGUCCUCGACGAGAAUCUGCAGCGGAUUUCGAUGGAGAAGGCUGGCUUCCGGAACAUCACCGAAUGGAACAACAAGGCACCUAUUGGCAAUUGGCCUAAGGAUCCCGCGAAAAGGGAGAUCGGCGAGUGGGCGCAGCUGACGCUUCUCUCCGACAUCGAAGGUUACGUUCUUUUCAUGGCCAACGUUAUGUCUACUUGGACCAGAGAGGAGAUUCACAUCUACGCCGCACAACUCCGUCGCGAGAUUCGUUCUGGAAAGUUGCAUGGGUACUACCGCCAGAGGGCUGUGUGGGGACAGAAGCCUAUACAACCAGAGGCCAUGGCAUCGUGGGACGUCAAGAACAAGUUUGCGCUUGUCACCGGCGCCGGUAGCGGUAUCAACCUUGCUUUUGCUCAGCAGCUGUUGGAAGCGGGUUGCUCCGUCAUCUUCGCCGAUAUCGCGCUGCUUCCCGAAGCAGAGGAAUUGAUCGCCAAGUUCCCGCACCCGCCUGCGGAUGGAGCGCCAUCUGCCGUCUUCUACAGAAUGGACCAGUCCAACUGGGCUGACAUUUCGGCUACUUGGGAGUUCGCCCUGAAGACGUUUGGCAGAGUAGACCUGCUAUGCCCUGGAGCCGGCGUCUGGGAACCGCCAAGCAGUGCCUUCUGGCACGCCCCCGGCAUCUCGCCCUCAUCCAAAGACGACCCCAACGGCGCUCCCGGAGUCUACAACAUCUUCGCCGUGAACGCGAUGGGCCCCAUCCGCUUCGCCCAGAUCGCGCUCGACUACUGGCUGCACAACAAGAUCGCGGGAAACCUGCUCCUCGUGUCCUCCCUGAGCGCGUACCUGCCCAUCGUCAGCACGCCGCUCUACAACGCGACCAAGGGGGCGCUGAACUCCUUCGCGCAGAGCCUAGGGCAGAUGAGGGCGCGCCUGAACAUCCGGGUCGCCUCGAUGUGCCCCGCGACGACCUUCACGCCGGCCGUCAUGCGGGACUACUGCGUGGGCAAGGUCCGCGAGAUCGAUAUGAACAUGACGGCGACGGAGUGUGCCGAGGUCAUGCUUCGCGUGGUGUCGGAGGCCGAGUUUGGGGAUGGGACUGUUGUGGAGGCGAUGCAGUUUGGGAGUAAGGAGAAGUCGGAGGUGAGGGUGAGGGUCGUGCCGUACCAGAGCUUGAUGCCGGAUAUCGACAUGGACGGGGAUUUUAGCGGGAAGAAUAUUUUGGUGGAGGAUGAGAAGUUCGCUCGGCGGCGCAAGUGCGAGGUGCCCGUCGGCGGCGGCCAGUGUACAUACUGCGCAGCACAGAACAUCGCCUGUUCCCGCGCAGGCUCAAUCAUCCAGCCCAAAGCCGUCCCCGUGAGCCCCGUGUCCAUGGCGACGCCGAAGACGCCAAGUGUCACCGAGAUCAUCGUCGCCAGUCCUCCCGGAAUCACACCAGCAGCCGCUGUCGCCGACAAGGCGCUCUGCUUCGAGUUGGUAGAACUGUACUUUAGGUAUAUCCAUGACCAACUCCACUCGCUCUUCCACCGGCCGAGCUUCAUGCUGGAUCUUCACGAGGGGAACGCCCCGUUAGUGCUGGUCUAUGGAAUGAUGGCGCUGUCAGCAAGAUUCUCGUCGAAUCCAAUUUUCAACGGAGUCGCUCCGAUGUCCAGGGGAGAGCUCUUCGCCAACGAGUGUAAUCUGCUUCUCAACUUGCGAGACGUGUCUCUCACAAGCAUCCAGGCAUGCGUGCUUCUUGGUGCCUACUCAAUUGUAGAGGGUGAAGCAGGGGCCGAGAGCGUACUGUAUUCUGCAGCUUGCAGGAUAGCCAACUAUCUCGACCUCCCAAACCUCCCUACCCCUGAUCCAUUACAGAGGGAAAUCCACAUCAGAGUCUACUGGUCGCUCUGCAUGAUUGACGUCUGGUCAUCAACCGGCGUCAACCUCCCCCGUCUUAUGGACCGUCGUAUGGAUGUCCCGCUACCCAUGAACGAGUCGACAUUCCUCAACAUGACCCGCGCGAAUAACAAUCACUUCGAUUUCAUACUCUCGCCCAACCGAGAAGACUCCCUCAUCGCCCAGAUGAUCAAACUAAACAGCAUUCUCCUCAAGGUCAACGACGCCAUCAAGUCUCUGACGUCAGACUCGGCAGUAACCAACAUCGACGAAACCGUAUCCACCCUCGCACAAGAACUAGAGGCCUGGGAACUCGAGCUCCCCCAGAACCUCCGUGACACCCCAAGCAACCUCCACUCUUUCGCCGCGCAGGGCCUCGGCCGCAUCUUCAUCGCGGUCCACACGGGCCACUACCACUACAGCCAGCUCCUUUUCUACCAAUACCUCGACGAGGUGCAGCGCUUCCCCGCCUCGCAGACGGCACAAAUCUUCGCGCGCAAGUGCAAGGAGAACGCGAUAGGCAUGUCGCGCAUCAUCGACCUCGCCAACACGACCCCCGGCUGCGACGCGAAGUUCAACAUGCUCGGCCACAUCAUCGUCAUCACCUCGUCCAUCUUCAUCCACACCCUGCUCUUCGAGACCGACGAGGCCGAGAUCGCAAACGCCCGCGCCACCCUCGAGCGCCACUUCAACACCCUCGUCGCCCUGCGGGUGUACUGGCCCGGCCUCGAGGUGUGUUUCGUCCGGCUGAAGACGUUCCACGAGCUCUGCCGCAAGAGCAUGAACACGAGCUACCGCAUGGACCGCUGGAUGCUGAGGUUCCUGACGGAGUUCGCGCGCCCGAUCGACGAGAAGGAGCGCGACGAGGACGGGAACAUGGACCUGGAUCGGUGGAGCGUGGGCAACAUCGGAAUCAGCCCGGAGAACUGGGCAUGA